AUGAGAUUUGUGGUGGUGGUCGUGCUGCUGGAGAUGCUGCGGGUGCGUCUCGCCGCGCAAGUGCGUCCCAAACGCAGGGUGCGUCUAAACGCAGGUGCGUCUCGCCGCAAGUGCGUCCCAAACGCAAGUGCUCCCAAACGCAGGUGCGUCCCAAACGCAGGUGCGUCGCGCCGCAAGUGCGUCCCAAACGCAGGUCGUCUCACCGCAAGUGCGUCCCAAAACGCAGGUGCGUCUCGCCGCAAGUGCGUCCUAAACGCAGGGCGUCUCCGCCGCAAGUGCGUCCAAACGCCGGUCGUCCUAUACAAAGGCAGGUGCGGCUCGCCGCAAGGCGUCCUAAACGCCAGGCACCCGGUGUGCUGCUUGAGUGUGGUGGGCACUCAGAAUGCACACAACCUGAUCUCCGUGUCCACGGAUGGACACGUGUGCAGCUGGAGCCUGGACAUGCUCUCCCAACCACUGGAGAGUAUGGAGCUGUUGUACAACAAGUCCAAGCCGGUAGCAGUGACGUGCUUGGACUUCCCCACUGGAGACGUCAACAACUACUUGGUGGGCAGUGAGGAGGGGGCCGUGUACAUGGCCUCCAGGCACGGCAGUAAGGCUGGGAUCUGUGAGGUGUUCGAGGGUCACCAGGGGCCAGUGACGGGCAUCAGGGGGCAGCGUUGA